AGGUGAACUGGAUUCAAGGGCGAUUAUGGAAUCUAUUUUUAAUUAAAUGUGCGUCCGUCGCUUCCUCUGAUAAAUUACUUAAAUAAUCGUUUGUAUGCGUAUGAGAAUCGCGAGUAAUUAAUUGCGAAUGCCAAUUACAUAAUUACAAUGAUUUCGGCUGUAUUGAGUAAGAGGUGGAAUCGAUCCAGUUGACAUUAUUGACCUUUGUGUAUGCGGAGCAGAUAAAGAUUAUCCGAGAUUAGUAUUAAACAAAAAUAUUUUGUGAACUCGUCAGUUGUUCCGAAAUGUCCGAUCUGAAAAUAGGAGUGCUGGGCGCCGGUGUCGUGGGCUUGACUACAGCGGUCGAGCUCCAAAAGGAAUUCAGGCAAGCCCAAAUCGAUGUCGUCGCGGAUAAAUUCUACGAGGAUACUACAAGCUUUGUAGCUGCUGGCCUCUUCAGACCGGGAACUAGCUUCUGUGGACCCACCGAAGAUAUAACACGGAAAUGGAUAAGCGAUGCGUACUACUAUUGGGACGAGAUUCGAAAAACUGCGGAAGCUCCGGAUGCUGGUGUGACCCAAAUGUCCGGUUACAUAUUCUCUAGCAAAUUUCCCGGUUUAGUCCGUAACCAUUACAUCGAGAAAAUCGUGCCGAUUUAUCGAUCGGCCACCGAAGAGGAAUUAAGCAUAUGCCCUGGAAACUGGAAGUACGGCUCCUACUUCACUACGCUCCUGACUGAAUGCAGCCGUUACCUACCAUGGGCAACGAAGAGAUUCACUGCAAACGGCGGGAAAAUAACUACAAGAAAAAUCGAGAAUUUUUCUGAAUUCCAAAAUCAAUACGACGUCGUUGUUAACUGUACCGGGCUCGGAUCCAAAUUCUUGUGCAACGACUAUAAAAUUGUUCCCAUGCGGGGUCAAGUCCUAAAGGUCGAGGCAAAAUGGAUAAAGACCUUCUUCUACGGCGACUAUGAUACGUAUAUAAUCCCAGGAUUUGAAUCCGUGACUCUAGGCGGCUGUAGGCAGUACGAUUCCUAUGAUUUGUCUGUUAACAAGUACGACGGCAUGGCUAUCAAAGAAAGAUGUGAGGCUUUACUACCGAGCCUGAAGAACGCCAAACUUGUUGCACAGAGGGUCGGGCUUCGCCCUCACAGGGAUCCCGUGAGAGUCGAGAAAGAAUUGGUCAACUGCAACGGCAGUAAACUUAAGGUCGUGCACAAUUAUGGACACGGAGGUUACGGAGUUACCGUCGCUCCCGGCACUUCGCUAUACGCAGUCAAAUUAGUCAGGGAAAGCUUGUCGGGUAGCAGUAAACUAUAAACAAUAUAUAUACUUUAUUGCGAAAUAAAUAUAAUAAAUAUAAUCUCAAUUUUAAAAAAUAUACGAUAUAUAAGUACAUAAAAAAGUUAAAAAAAAAGAAGAAAAUAAGAAGAAUGUUAAAACACAACCAGAUGUGCUAUCAAUAUAUAAUGUAGGUGCUACAAAUUCUUAAGGCACGACUAAGAGAUUCCUAAUAUAAAAAUACAUUAUUAUAAUUAUUGUUAAUUCAA